UUACAUAUUUCUUUAGUUAUGUAAAAGAACAUACAAAGCUUACAAUAAAAACACACAAAGCUUUUCGUAAAUAAACGUUUACAUCGUCAGGACAAUCUAUAAAAUAAACUAUGCCUAUUGAAGAAUUUGAAGAGGAGGGACUUAAAAAGCUCCCAGACUUAGAACUGGCACAAGCAUUGUUUACAGUACAAUCAGUUGCAAGUAACCAGGAGAAGGAAAGUGCAAAGCAAUGCCUAGAGAAAGCAAUAACUGAUUAUAAUAUGGCACCAUUUUACAAGCAUGUGUGUGAAGAAUUAAAAUGGAAUAUUGAUGCUAAACGUUUACAAUCAAUGGAGGCAGAAAAUAAAAAAUCAAUUGAUGAACUAGAUGAGAAAAUUAAAGAUGCUGAAGAAAAUCUUGGAGAAAUAGAAAUCAGAGAUGCACAUUUAAACAAAGCUGAAUAUUAUGUCCGCAUCGGUGAUAAGGAGAAUUCUUUAUCAGCGCUUCGACAGUCUUACGAGAAGACCACUAUGCUUGGACAUAAACUCGAUAACGUAUUUAUGCAAAUCCGAGUGGGAUUCUUUUUCCUAGAUAAUGAUGUUAUUACACGCAACUUAGAAAAGGCUAGCAGUUUGAUUGAAGAAGGUGGGGACUGGGAUCGACGUAAUCGUCUAAAAGUAUAUAAAGGUUAUUAUGCCAUUUCAACUCGAGAUUUUAAAACAGCGGCUGAGAACUUUUUGGAAAGCAUAUCAACUUUUACGUCAUAUGAACUGAUGAAAUAUGUUAAAUUUGUUGAAUACACGGUACUGGUGUCGCUGAUAUCACUAAAACGUUCUGAACUUGGAGACAAGGUUGUUCGAGGAGCAGAGAUACUAGAAUGUUUGCAUCAGCAGCCAACCAUCAGCCAGACUUUACAUUCUCUUUACGAUUGUCAAUACAAAGAAUUCUUCCACGCUUUGUGUGAUGUAGAGACGUUACUAAAAUGUGAUCGUCUUUUUAACACACACGUGGCGUAUUACAUCAGAGAAAUGAGGAUAAUGGCAUAUGCUCAGUUGCUUGAAUCAUACAGAAGUCUGACUUUAGAGUAUAUGGCAAAUGCUUUUGGGUUAACAAUAGAAAUGUUGGAUAAAGAACUUGCAAGGUUUAUAGCAGCUGGCAGGCUACACUGUAAAAUUGAUAAAGUUGGCGGAAUCGUUGAAACUAACAGACCGGAUUGUAAAAACUAUCAAUACCAGUCUGUGAUCAAGCAAGGCGAUGCAUUAUUAAAUCGAAUUCAAAAGCUGAGCCGUGUUAUAAAUUUGUAACGAACUUGAUGGCGAUCUGGGAUAACAAGCCAGGUUUUGUGAAGCUAAAGACGUAUUGUAUUUGUUAAACGGUAAAAAAAGCAGAAAGUUUAAUAAA